GCUUCGUUUGCGCAUGCGUGUAACAUAGCAUUAUUAGGUGAAGAAGUAGCGUGAAAAUUUCUCAUAAAGUCUGUGUUUUUAUACAUUUUAAUCAAUAAUAUCUGGAUUAUCUGUGCAUGUUUCAUCUACGAGUCGCCGUAUGUCGGAGUAAAUCACCCGACGUGCCGCCCAUGUAUUUUGGAAACGAGUAUUAGCUUUGGACCUGUCGUUGGAAGAAAGAGAUUAACGUUAUGUCGGCAAAUAAAACAAAGAAAGUCAAAAUGGCCACGAAAUCGUGUCCCGAAUGCGACCAACAGAUUCCUGUUGCGUGUAAGUCCUGUCCAUGUGGUUUUGUGUUUAUAAGCAGAAAACUCCUCAAUGCCAAGUUAAAUGAGCGCUCCCCCUCAGCCAUAGCAGACUCAGAAAAACUGGAAUCAAAGCGAAGGAGGACGGAGCGAAUCCGCAGAGACCGGAUCGACUCGCCUUUACCCAAUGACAUGGAGAACAGGAGACGGUCUCGGGCCAACAGCCAAUCAGAUCCCGCCCGACGAGGACGAGGACGACCCAAAACAGUGGGGAUGAAGAAACAGGAGGACGACAAAGACAAACAGGAGAAAGAGGUGGACGUCUACGCCAGUCUGUCUGAUGAAAAGGCCUUCGUGUUCUCUGUGGCUUUAGCUGAAAUCAACCGUAAGAUCCUGGGUCAAAGACUCAUCUUAUAGAAAAAAAAAACAAGCCUAAAUGAGCCCAGAACACAGAACCUACAGAAGGAGACGAAUGGGACGGAGCGAGGACGACCAAAGACGCAUAACUGGAGUUUCCAACAGCCCGGCGCCGGUUUCACCUUCCACAGACACGUUUGUAAAAGGACUAAACGCAUCAGCGCAGUUUCAAACGAGUCCGCUUCACCUGAGGUACACGGACGGUUACGGAACGAGCACCCUCAGCUCCUCAUCAGUAGAACUAACAGACUUCUGGACAUGUUGGUUUGUUACUAAAGAAACCCAACUGUCUGUGAACGCAUCGUCUCCAUCAGUGAAUGUACAGGACGCCUCCGACCCGACGUCACAUCAGAUUCAGACUGAGAACAUCAACACACCAGUGGAUUUGAACUCCAUGAACUGUUGGAAAUGUCCAGAACUGUACCUGUGACGUGACGUGGUCGACUGUUUAUGUCACGGCCAAAUCCACACUAAUAGUCAUAUUUGUCUCAACGGGUUUUUACCGUCUUUUCAGUCUGUCCACGUGACCUUGUACCGGAUAUCUAC